GAUGUUUAAUUGCUUAUAAAAUUGAGAAAUUCAAACUUCUGAAAUAUUCAGAGUAUUCCCUUGAUUAGAGGGCUGUAGAUUUCGGUUUCCUAAGUAUAUCAUAGACAAAAUAUGUUUUAAAUUGUCAAAUUUUAGAUAUAAUAAGAUUAACAAAAAAAAUUCUUAGUAGGAAACAUACAAGCAUUUUGGAAUCCAAACCAAGAUGAUUUAAACUUUUUUUGGGUUGUGUCACUUGUUUAAUAGAAGGAAGCUUAAAAAGAAUUUAAUGAUCAAAUACUAAUAUUUUGUGGAGACUUUAAUAGUCCUCAUUCUAAUCCAAUAUAAUACAUAAAAAUAAUAAAACCUAUUGUUGAAAGAAUUGAAAUGUGUUCAAAUUAAAUCCAGCUAUAAAAUGAGAUAUUAAACAUUAUGGUCCUUCUAAACUAAAUUAACUGAGAGCAUUGAUCAAUUCCAUAAAUUUACUAAUUAUACACAAAAUGUAAAUUAUUAUAUUAAAUAUUGUUUAAAUGAUGCUUUGAUUACGUUUACUAACAUAAUGCAAAAGUAGAAAAGAUUUUAAGAAUUCCAGAAGAAAGCUUACUAUAACAAGAAGUAGCUCUACCUAAUAUUAAAUUUCUAAGGGAUCAUUUGCCUAUUUUAGCAUAUUUUAAUUCUCUCUAUAUAAAGUUCUUAGCAUACUCAUUUUUUUGUAUAAAUUAUUGUCUCAAGAAUAAGUAAUAGUUAUUCAAUUGUAUACUUAACAGUUGAUCUAACUUUCUUAGCAUCAUCACUUCAAAAAGUUAAUAUUAAAUGA